CAGGCACUGGCACAGGCACUGGCACUGGCACAGGCACAGGCACAGUUCGCGCUGGGUGUCGAGCAGCCACAAUUCAUCGUGUCGGGAGCGUGCAAACCCGCACCCGCCCUGGCCAGCUCCGGCUGUGAACCGAGCUGACGGAGCAUGGCAGCCUCCGGGGUGGAGAAGAGCAACAAGAAGAAGACCGAGAAGAAACUUGCUGCUCGAGAAGAAGCUAAAUUAUUGGCGGGUUUCAUGGGCGUCAUGAAUAACAUGCGAAAACAGAAAACUUUGUGUGACGUGAUCCUUAUGGUUCAGGAAAGAAAGAUACCAGCUCAUCGGGUGGUUCUUGCUGCUGCCAGCCAUUUUUUUAACUUGAUGUUCACAACUAACAUGCUUGAAUCAAAGUCUUUUGAAGUAGAACUCAAAGAUGCUGAACCUGACAUCAUUGAGCAACUUGUGGAGUUUGCUUACACUGCUAGAAUUUCUGUGAAUAGCAACAAUGUUCAGUCUUUAUUAGAUGCAGCAAAUCAAUACCAGAUUGAACCUGUGAAGAAAAUGUGUGUUGAUUUUUUGAAAGAACAAGUUGAUGCUUCAAAUUGUCUUGGUAUAAGUGUGCUAGCAGAGUGUCUGGACUGUCCUGAGUUGAAAGCAACUGCAGAUGACUUUAUUCAUCAGCAUUUUACUGAAGUCUAUAAAACUGAUGAAUUUCUACAACUUGAUGUGAAGCGUGUUACACAUCUUCUAAACCAGGACACUCUGACUGUGAGAGCAGAAGAUCAGGUUUAUGAUGCUGCAGUCAGGUGGUUAAAGUAUGAUGAACCUAACCGCCAGCCAUUUAUGGUUGAUAUCCUUGCUAAAGUCAGAUUUCCUCUUAUAUCAAAGAAUUUCCUAAGUAAAACAGUGCAAGCCGAACCACUUAUUCAAGACAACCCGGAAUGCCUUAAGAUGGUGAUAAGUGGUAUGAGAUAUCAUCUGCUAUCUCCAGAAGAUAGAGAGGAACUGGUAGAUGGCACAAGACCUAGAAGAAAGAAGCAUGACUACCGCAUAGCCUUAUUUGGAGGCUCCCAACCACAGUCUUGCAGAUACUUCAACCCAAAGGAUUAUAGCUGGACAGACAUUCGCUGCCCCUUUGAAAAACGAAGAGAUGCGGCAUGUGUGUUUUGGGACAAUGUCGUAUAUAUUUUGGGUGGCUCUCAGCUGUUCCCCAUAAAGAGAAUGGACUGCUAUAAUGUUGUAAAGGAUAGUUGGUAUUCCAAAUUGGGCCCUCCAACACCUCGAGACAGCCUUGCUGCCUGUGCUGCAGAAGGCAAAAUUUAUACAUCAGGAGGUUCUGAAGUUGGAAACUCUGCUCUGUAUUUAUUUGAAUGUUAUGAUACAAGAACAGAAAGCUGGCAUACAAAACCCAGCAUGCUGACUCAACGCUGCAGUCACGGGAUGGUGGAAGCCAAUGGCCUCAUCUAUGUCUGUGGUGGAAGUUUAGGGAACAAUGUUUCUGGGAGAGUGCUGAAUUCCUGUGAAGUUUAUGAUCCUGCCACUGAAACAUGGACUGACCUGUGUCCAAUGAUUGAACCCAGGAAGAAUCAUGGAUUGGUAUUUGUGAAAGACAAAAUAUUUGCUGUGGGUGGUCAGAAUGGUUUAGGUGGUCUGGACAAUGUGGAAUAUUAUGAUAUUAAAUUAAACGAAUGGAAGAUGGUCUCACCAAUGCCAUGGAAGGGAGUAACAGUGAAGUGUGCAGCAGUUGGCUCUAUAGUUUAUGUCUUGGCUGGUUUUCAGGGUGUAGGUCGACUAGGACACAUCCUUGAAUAUAAUACUGAAACAGACAAGUGGGUGGCCAAUUCCAAAGUCCGAGCUUUUCCAGUUACAAGCUGCUUAAUUUGUGUCGUUGAUACUUGUGGAGCAAAUGAAGAAACCCUUGAAACUUGAAAAGUGAGCGAUUUUUAAAGACUCAUCAGAGACUUAAUAUGGCCACCAGUGCUUUGUUCAUGGGUUUGGUUCCAAAUUUUUUGUUUUUUUUUAAGGGAUUUUAUUUUAUGCAAAUAGUUGUUGUUGUUUUUUUAUUAAGUUUCCUUAAUUUAAAUACCAUAUUUUACCAACCCAAAUAACCAACAUCUAAUAAGAAAACUUUUAAAAGUAUAAGCAUUUGGGGGAAAUAGGAAUUCUUGAAAGAUUUUACAUUUCUAAUGAAGAUUACAGAGUGGGGGAUUGGCUCAUGACUAUAGCAGCCUCAUCUUAACUCUACAUUCUAUUUUCGUACAUCCUAGAAAUGCUAUGUAGUUAGGUCUGCUUAUUUCUGCUGAGUCAAGAACUAAGAAGUAGCAUGGAUUUUAAGUCAGGACAGGCAGCUCUAAUGGAGCAACUUAUUAUCACAUAACUUUCGUUCCAUUUAGUGCCAAAUGUAUUUCAUUUUAAAAGCAAGCCAGGUGACUAAGACAUACAUGCACUCACUAAAUUUCAUAAAUGCUUAUCACCCAUUAUUAAUAUCAUUGUUUUUUAGAAGAUAAAAAAAAUGAUUACUUCUCCUCAGUUCUCAUUGUUAAAUAAAAUCCUAUCAUCAUAAGAGCAAAGAGUUGAGAAAGGUAAAACUCCUUAUAGCAAAUUUCUAAAUCACUAGAAUAGCAUCAAUAGUUACAUACAUUCAUAUGGAUUAAAAAGUUACAUGCUUUCUUUUCCUUAGCAGGACAUAUCAGAGAUAUUUGACCUAAUUGUCUCUAAAAAUUUUAUAAUAAUUUGAGGUAAAUAUAUGCAAUCUUGUAUCAUUGCUCUUAGGUGGUCAGUACAUCUUUUACAAACCAGCUUACUCAUUUCUUUCCUAAAUUGUUCUACACUUUCACAUUAUGCAAUAUGUGGAAUGAAUUGUGUAAAGCUGUCACAUUCAAUGUUUUUAUCUGAUAUUAUUAAAUAUUUUUGACUCAGAAA